UGAAUGAUGCGGAGGUGUUUCGACGACUUGUGAAAUAACUUGUGAAAUCAGCUCACCUCCUGUCUAAAUAUUUCCGUCUGAAACUCUCUGAAACACUGGUUUACUCAAUAAAUAAGUCGGUCUGUACAGAUUUGAGUCUGAUUAAAAGCAAUAUUUUGAAGUUAAAUCAUUUCAGAUAAAGUUCGUCAGUUCCUCAAACAGCGUGAGAAUGGUGAACUGCGGUCUUCUGACAGGGUUAAAUGAGCCAGUUCCUCUGAAGAGCAUCUCAGUGGAGGUUCGGGUUCAGGAUCAUGUCGCCUCAGUCUCCUCCACUCUGCAGUAUGUGAAUGAGGAGCAACGCCCCCUGGAGGCCUUGUUCGUCUUCCCUCUGCCUGCUGAUGCUGCUGUCUGCCACUUCAGUGCCAAGAUCGGAGAGCAGGAGAUUGUGGCAGAGCUUCAAGACAAGGAGACAGCGAGGGAUCAGUAUGAUGAUGCUGUGAGUUCAGGACAGCAGGCGUUUCUGUUGGAAGAGAGCGCAGAGAGUCCUGAUGUGUUCAAACUGAGUGUCGGGUGUCUGUCGCCGGGUCAGAACGCUGCCGUCACCAUCAUCUACGUCACUGAGCUCGCUGUGCAGGCCGACCAAUCACUGCGCUUCUGUCUUCCGGCUGUUCUCAACCCCAGAUACACACCAGCAGGUUCAGGUGCUGGUAUAGUGUCAGAGAUUUCAUCAGUAUGUGGAGCAGUUCCCUACACUCUGACUCUCAGUGUCCAUGUGAGCUCUCCAAAGCCCAUCUCCAAACUAGAGUCUAACUGCACUCUGGAUCCUCUGGUGUUCCUCCACUCUGAUCACACUCAGGCUACGGUGAAUCUGAGUCCUGGUCACAUGUUUGAUAGGGAUGUUGAGCUGUCUCUGUACUAUCAGGACACCCAUCAGCCCUCUGCUGUAGUGGAGGCAGGAGCGGCCACUGCACCAUCAGACUCUCUAAUGAGAAACCCUGUGGUCAUGAUAAGUUUGUAUCCAGAGUUCCCAGAAGAAGUGGCAACUCCAAGUGAGUUUGUUUUUGUGAUGGACAGAUCAGGCAGUAUGGACCGCAUGAUGCAUCGUGGAAACGAAACACAGAACCGCAUUGAAAGUGCAAAGGACACUCUGCUCUUACUGUUAAAGAGUCUGCCCAUGGGAUGCUACUUCAACAUCUAUGGAUUUGGAUCUCGUUUUGAGUCUUUCUUCCCUCAAAGUGUCGAGUACAACCAGGACAAAAUGGAUCAAGCUCUUAAAAAAGUGAAGGAAAUGCGAGCUGACAUGGGCGGCACAGAGAUUUUACAGCCUCUAAAGCACAUCUACAGUCAGCCCUGUAUCCAUGAACACCCCAGACAGCUGUUCAUCUUCACUGAUGGAGAAGUAGGAAACACUAAAGAGGUGCUGGAUCUGGUGAAAAGUCACGCUUACUCUCACAGGUGUUUCUCAUUCGGGAUUGGUGAAGGUGCGAGUACCUCCCUCAUCACAGGAUUGGCAAGAGAGGGAUCUGGUCACGCUCAGUUCAUCACAGGCAGCGAGCGCAUGCAGCCCAAAGUGAUGGAGUCCCUCAGGUUUGCUCUUCAGCCCCCUGUGUCUAAUAUCUCUGUGAAGUGGAAACUUCCAGAGGGUGUUACUGCUGAAACAGUUUCACCACCCAUCAAUGUGCUCUUCCAGGGUCAAAGGACUCUCAUUUAUGCCCAACUUAAAGGAAAGACUUUAGAAGGCUCUGAGGGAUCAGUGACAGUCAAAUACAACCUGAACGGUCAACCAGUGACAAACCAGCUGCACUUCUGCAUCAAACCAACUGAGGAAACCGGGUUGGUCGUUCACCGGCUGGCAGCUCGAACCCUGAUCCGUUCUCUAGAGCAAGAGGAGAGAUCUAGUGCUGAACGUAAGAAUCUCAGGAGAACAAUAGUGGAGCUCAGUGUUCAAGCAGGAGUGAGCAGUGUUCAUACAGCCUUCAUUGGCAUUAAUAAAGACACCAAACAGAUUGUGAAAGGACCCCUGCAGCAGAGAAGAGUGCCGACAUACGGAAUCUGUUUUGAUUUGGUUUCUCUCCCUGCAGCAGGGAGAUUGAGAGGUUCUUUCCCACCUCUAGCAGGGAGAUUGAGAGGUUCUUCCCCACCUCAAGCACGGCAGAGAUUAUUGGGAUGUCUGUUGAGUGGAGCAGGUGAUUGGGAACUUCUUAAAUGUGCUUCAGUGAAGGGGGCACUUCCUCACUUGAACUAUUCGAGCGAGGAUGAUGCUGAUUAUGAAGUUGACGCACAGGGAUCAGAAGAUAUGCCUGUUUUAUGUGCUAGGCGAAAGCAAGACUAUUCGAGCGAGGAUGAUGCUGAUUAUGAAGUUGACGAACAGGGAUCAGAAGAAGAGUCUGUCAGUAAUCGCCUCCCACUGAGAAAAGCUGCUCCUGAGCUCCAGCAGGACCUGGUACUCCCGCUGGUUUCCCUCCAGAAGGCCUCUGGCUGCUGGGAACUGGACGCCGCAUUGGCUGCUGUGUUUGGGAAGACAGAGAAUGAGCUGACCAAUCAGAAACCAGCACAGGUGGAUGGGUCAGUGUGGGCCACUCUCCUGGCUCUGAUCUGGUUGUACGGCUGGAGGAAAGAGCAGCAGGUGGAGUGGCAGUUUGUGGCCCAGAAGGCAGCGGCGUGGAUCGCCUCUCAGAAAGUGGGCGAUCUGUCUCAGUGUGUGUGUGUGGGUAAUGUCCUGCUCGGAUGUCAGGUCACCAAAGACACUCUGGGGAUCUGAAGAUAUCAGAAGACCAAAGUACAGACACCAUUACAUUUAUACUUAAUCUCUUACUCUCUUCAGAAACUUUUAAUCUGUGAUUUUUAUUUGCUCAAAUCAACACCAAAUCCUAAAUGAACCUGACCUCCACCAUCAUUAGAUGAAACCUGUCCAACCUUUUUCUACACAACAACGUAUGCUCUACACAACAAAUGCUCUUGAACAUAUGAUUUAUUAGUUUAUACACCUGUGUCUAUGAAUGACCCAUGCUCUGUUUCUCCAAACCUGUCUCUUAACACUGUUUCUGAAACCUUUUACUGAACACUGUUUCUGAACACGGUCCUAGUAGUGGAUCUUUAUCUAUGCAUAAGAAGUAUAAAAAGCUGGAAUAUAUGAACCAGCUGCGCGCUUUCUGACUGCUCCAUACUGAAUGUUUUAGACUCUUUAUUCUCAACUCAGGACAAAGUAAAGGAUUUUGUUAUUUGUAUCUUUGUUUAUUCUACUUUUUCACUGGAUUUUAUUCUAUUAAUAAAAGUGUAUUUUAUUAAUUUUC